CACGAGACCUGCCUCCUGGACCAGGUGCUGGAGCUGAUUAUGAACGAGAAGCCCCCAACCAGCGCUAGCCUUUUCCUGAACGAGGACUCAGACAAACCCCCCCUGCCAGAGAGAGGAGACUUGAGGAGGCGCCUACGCAGGGCCAUGGAGAGGAGAGCCAGCAGCAUGAAGGAGAGGAUGAGCUCCAUCAGCAAGGACGCCGUCAAAGGUUUCCUCAAGAGGAACCUGUUUGUUCUGUUCACCGUCGCCGCUGUGGCUCUGGGUGUAAUCCUGGGCUUUACUUUACGCCCCCACAACCUGUCCCUGAGGGAGAUCAAGUACUUCGCCUUUCCUGGGGAGCUACUAAUGAGAAUGCUGCAGAUGCUGGUGCUGCCUCUCAUCGUCUCCAGUCUGGUCACAGGUAUUUCCUCCUUGGACAGCAAAGCCUCCGGUAAGAUGGGCAUGCGAGCAGUGGUCUACUACAUGGUGACCACCCUGAUUGCCGUAUUCAUCGGCAUUGUCAUCGUGAUAAUCAUCCGGCCGGGGAAAGGCAGCAGGGACAGUCCUGUGGCCAACAGUGGAAACAUAGAACCAGUUCAGGCGGCGGAUGCUUUCCUGGAUCUCAUCAGGAACAUGUUUCCGCCCAAUCUGGUUGAAGCCUGUUUCAAGCAGUAUAAAACUGUGUACAAGAAGACUGUGCGCACAAGGAACGUGACAGUGACCCUCAACCUCACCGACUCUCUGAACAUGACAGAGUCUAAGCUGAACCUCAGCAGUGUGCUGCACACCGUACAGGAGACAGUGGAGGAGACUGUGCCUGUGUCCGGCUCCUCUGCUGGAGUGAACGCUCUGGGUUUGGUGGUUUUCUCCAUGUGCUUCGGUCUGGUCAUUGGCAACAUGAAGCAACAGGGCCAGGCCCUCAGGGACUUCUUUGACUGCCUGAAUGAAGCCAUCAUGAGACUGGUGUCCAUCAUAAUCUGGUAUGCUCCAGUGGGCAUCCUCUUCCUGAUUGCAGGGAAGAUUGUGGAGAUGAAGAAUCUGGCAGAGGUGGGCGGCCAGCUGGGGAUGUACACCGUGUCGGUCAUUGUGGGUCUCCUCAUCCACGGCCUCUUUGUCCUGCCGCUGCUCUACUUCCUGGUGACCAGGAAGAAUCCCUACAGCUUCAUUGGCGGCCUGCUGCAGGCGCUCAUCACUGCUCUGGGAACCUCAUCAAGCUCUGCUACCCUGCCCAUCACCUUCCGCUGUCUGGAAGAGAACAACCACGUGGAUAAACGAGUGACACGUUUCGUCCUCCCUGUGGGCGCCACCAUCAACAUGGACGGCACCGCCCUCUACGAGGCUGUGGCAGCCAUCUUUAUUGCUCAAGUCAAUGACAUGGACCUUAACUUUGGCCAGAUUCUCACCAUCAGUAUCACGGCAACUGCUGCCAGCAUCGGAGCAGCAGGCAUCCCUCAAGCUGGCCUCGUUACCAUGGUGAUCGUAUUGACAUCGGUGGGACUGCCCACAGAGGACAUAACACUGAUCAUCGCCGUGGAUUGGUUCUUGGACCGCUUGCGCACCACCACCAACGUGCUGGGUGACUCGCUCGGGGCCGGCAUCGUGGAGCACCUUUCCCGCGGUGAGCUGCAGAAUCAGGAUGCUGAGGUGCGCAACUCUGUGAUCGAGGAGAACGAGAAGCCCUACCAGCUUAUCUGCCAGGAAAACGAUUCGCUCAAUCACCGCAACAGCGAGACCACAAUGUGA